CUUACAAGCACACCAAACUUCAAAAUCCAAUCAUCUGCAAUUUUUUCUUCAGCUUCAACAACUCCUAGCUUCCCACUAGAACCAUCAACCUAAACGUUCUCUUAAAGCCCGUAUGGACCUCUUUGUGUCUUUUUCAAGAAUGGUUCCCGUUUUAGCCAUAGCUUUGAUAGUCUUGAUUUUCCCCGCUCAUGGCCAAAUCAAUACCCCAUGCACGCCUUCGUUUCUUUCCAGCUUCGCCCCUUGUAUGAAUUUCCUUACAAAUAGCAGUGCCAAUGGCACUUCCCCAUCUCAAGAUUGUUGCAGUUCACUAAAGAACCUUACAAGUAAUGGCAUGGACUGUUUGUGCCUCAUUUUUACUGGAAGUGUUCCCUUCCAGAUUCCGAUCAAUAGAUCCUUAGCCAUAUCUCUCCCUCGUGCUUGUAACAUGCAGCGCGUCCCAGUUCAAUGCAAAGCCUCGGUUUCACCAAUUCCUGCUCCAGGUCCUGCCUCACUUGGACCGUCUCUCUCACCUCGAGUUUCUCCACCUGCUGCUAGUCCUAAAGCUUCUGUUGUUCCUGAGCCAACUCCAUCCACUCUUCCACCAGAAUCCAGCACAACACCAGUCCUGACUCCACCGUCUCCAACAGUAGAUACUGGAGCCCCAACGUCGACUACAGGGAGCCGCCCAGUUCUAAAUCCUCCAUCAUCGGCUGCUGAGUCCUCUCACAGCCUUUCACCUUCUUUUCUACUAUUUGCAAUAGGAUUUGUAGUUCUGAAAUACUACUAGAUUUCUGUAGGUUCAUCCCUGUCCUUAUUUAUGCAUAGAGAAAUAUUCUUUCAGGCGUGUGACUAUUGAUUUUGGGAUUAUUCCCAUGAUUGAGACCCAUAUUGGGCAAUCAUUUAUUAAAUAAAUAUGAUAUUUCCGUACAA